AUGGGAAAAAGGUAUGUCAAAGAAGUAUUGUUAGUUGUUGGUCUCAAGGAUAAUUUGCUCAGUGUAGGGCAAAUGAUGGAACAUGGAUAUGUUCUGAUUUUUGGUGCCAAUAAGGUUGAAAUUUAUGAUGAUUCCUCUCUAUCAAAUCUGGUUGCUAAGGUGCAAAUGAAAGGCAACAGAAGUUUUCCUUUGAAGCUGCACACAACUUUACAAGUUGCAUUAAGAGCAAAUGUCGAGUCAUCCUUAGUCUGGCAUAGAAGAAUGGGGCACUUAAACUUCACCAGUUUGAAGCUGCUGCAAGAUCAAGGAAUGGUACUUAGAUUGCCAGAAUUAAGCCUGUCAAUGAAGUGUGUGAGGGCUGUACUUUUGGAAAGCAUUGCAAAGAUUCCUUUCCAAAAGAAACAAUAA